CUGGCUGAAGGUCUUGCUUCAAAUCCCGCUCACCUGACAGAGCUGGAUCUCAGCAAAAAUGGAUUCAGCGACAAAGGAGCGGAGCUGCUUGCAAAGGUUCUCAACAAAUGUGACUUGGAAACACUGAGGCUGAGUGAGUGUGACAUUACAGAAAAUGGAUGCAAAGCUCUGGUGUCAGCUCUCAGAUUAAAGCCGUCUCGCCUAAAAAACCUGGAUCUGAGCAAGAACAGCUUCAGAAGCUCGGCGGUGACUGAGCUCUCUGACUUCCUGAAGCACCGCGACUGCCAUCUGCAGCGAUUGUGGCUUUUUAGAACAAACUUGGAGAUGGAAGACACAGCAGCUGUAGCCUCGGCCCUGGCUGAGAACCCUUCCUACAUCAAGGAACUGGACCUGGGUGGGAAUCGACUUCGUGAUGCAGGGGUGACAAAACUUUCCCUCCUGCUGAAGGAUCCCAAAUGCACAAUAGAUGUGCUGAGACUUGUCGGCUGCCGUUUUGCGGAGGAGGGCUGUGUUGCGCUGGUGUCCAGUCUGAAGUCGAACCCCGCCCACCUCAGAGUCCUGGACCUGGGAAGAAAUGACAUCAAAGACCGUGGUGCCGAGAACCUUUCCGGGUUCUUGGAAGAGCCACGGUGUCAACUGGAGACCCUGAGCCUUCGCUGCUGCUCAUUAACAGCGGCCGGCUUUCGGUCUUUGAUCGGCCCUCUCAGCCAAUCAUCGACUCUCAAAGAGCUCGACUUGACAUUCAACAAACUCCUGGACCAGGAUGUGAAGCUGCUCUGUGACUGGCUGAAAACCCCCCAAUGUAGCCUGGAAAUACUGAGGUUGUCAGAUUGCUCGGAGGUUGGCUGUGAAGCGCUGGCCUUAGCUCUGAUGUCAAAACAUUCCCACCUGAGGGAGUUGGAGCUCAGCAGGAGUCGACCAGGGGAGGCAGGCCUGAGGCUGCUGGAGGAUUUACGGAAAACAUUACAGAAGCUGACCGUGACUGAAUGA